AUGCUGGGAGUAUUACACUGCUGCCUCAGUUGGAUGAUGGUUCAAGAUCCUAGGAAACCAAAACACGUUGACGCCCUAUUUCUGCAACCUAGGCAGUCAGCUGUAGACAGACCCGUUGAGCCAUCAUCGAGAUCAGCUUCUACAACCUUCACUGGACCUACUCGAUUGUUGUCUCGCGAAACAGUUUCCUCUUCUCCUAAGUAG